AUGGAGAACCUGAUGUAUAAGGAUUGGAAGGUGGAGAAUGAGGCGAAGAUAUGUGUGCGGUUUGGGGAGGUGAAGAGUUCCGGUUUGGAGCAUGUGGAGCUGCCCUUGGAGCUGAGCAGCAGCAGCACCACCACAAGGCAAUCUUCCUUUUUGAAUGGGGGAGAGGAGGCCAAGGAUGCAGAGGAAGAAGAGGAGGAGGUGCAGCAAGUGAGCGAGCGAGCACCGACACUUCCUUCUCGCACCACGAGCGCUCCACGGAUCCGAGUCACCCCGCAGCAACGCCAUGAGAGCCUUCAUGUCCCUGCAGCUGAGGAGGAAGGAAGGGGCAAGAGGAGAAUCCAAGCCCCUAAUAGGCUGACCUAUAAUGCAUUGGGAAAUCCAGCCAAGUCAGCUCUGGCCGGAGCGGCAAUGAUGGUUGGAGAUGACGAAGAAAGUGAGUACGAGGAGUUUGCUUUCGCGUUCUUCUCUCCGGUGGAGAUGCCGGGGGAACCAGCAACUCUCAAGGAGGCCUUGGAGAGUAGUGAUGCUGAGGAGUGGAAGAAGUCAAUGGAGAGUGAGUUGAAGAGCAUUGAGGAGAACGGCACGUGUGGAUUGGUGGAGCUACUGGAGGGGCGUAAGGCGAUUACGUCCAAGUGGCUCUUCAAGCUCAAAACCCUACUCGUGGGUGCUGCCAUCAAAGGAUGGGUGGUGAAACAAAUGGACGUGACAACCGCGUUCCUCAACGGCAUUCUCGAAGAAGAGAUUUUCAUGGCGCAGCCAGAGGGGUUUGAUGAUGGUAAUGGCAGAGUGUGGAAGCUGAAGAAGGCGCUCUAUGGGCUCAAGCAAGCCCCUAGGCAGUGGUACUUGAAGCUGCGUGAAGUCUUGGAGGAGAUCGGGUUCACUCCCUCAUCUGCCGAUCAUUCCUUGUUCAUGCUUGGCGAGGGGGAGUAG